GUUGUUCUGGAUGAAGGGAAGUGGUGGAAUCAGGAAUUCGUAGGUCGGAGCCGGUGUGAAAAAUGAUGUGAACCACGAAAGGACACAGCUUCUAGUCCUCACCUCUCGAUUUAUCGGUAUGAAUCGUGUGAAGCCCGCGGUGAAUCUCUGUUAUACGAAAAUUUGGAAUGCGGUCGCUGACUUCUGAAGACGAUGAAUCCUCCGACCACAUCUAAUUCCGGAUAGAAACCCGUUCAAGAUGGCCAGUGGCGACGACUACGACAGUGUCGUCGAAAGACUGAGGAAGAACUACUUCAAGCCGGGGAAUUUACCGAAGAGGCCAGACCUUCCGGCGGCUAACCAUGAACGAGAAAUUCUGCAGAGCAUCUCAAAAUACCCUGUCACCAUCAUCGCUGGUCACACUGGCUGUGGUAAAACGACUCUGGUGCCUCAAAUGCUCCUCGAGCACGAGCUCUACAGGAAUGGUAGAGUCUGCAAGAUGGUUGUCACACAGCCGAGGAGAAUCGCUGCCAUGAGCGUCACCCACACGGUCUGUCGCGACCGUAACUGGGACGUGGGCAGUAUCUGUGGUUAUCAGGUGGGAAUGGAUCGAGAAAUAGGCACUGACACGUGCAUACAAUACGUAACGACGAAUGUACUCAAUGAAAAAAUUAUCCACCAAAGAACCACAGAACCAUUUACGCACAUCAUAGUCGACGAGAUCCACGAAAGACAUCAGGAUCUGGAUUGUUUGCUUUUCUUGUUGCGCAUGAUGCCUGAGAAAACCGGGCAUCGCCCAAAAAUCGUCCUCAUGUCGGCGACCGCCGAAUCAGAUCUCUACGCACGAUAUUUCGGCGAAAGCAAUUGUAACCGCGUCUCGAUUGAAGGAACGGUGUACCAGGUGACUAAGAAAUAUCUAGAAGACAUUCCCACCAGUAUCUGCAACAAGAUCCAAGCAUUCGCCGGCGGACGGAAAGUAAAUCGUUUCGAUGACGAUGACGACUCAUCCUCGCAGAACAAUAAAGCUCUGGUGUUGCAUAUCGACGUGAUGAAGGCGGUAGUCGACCUGAUAGAGACUUUCGACGCAGAGGAACUGACUUUGCGUCGCAAUCGGGGAGCCGUCCUCGUUUUCGUUCCGGGUAUAGCCGAAAUCGGACAGAUGAUCCGAAUUCUGAACCAACGUAGAGACCAGUGCCGCUUCGAGCCGAUCGCAUUGCACAGCAAAGUACCGCUCGACGAACAGCAGCGAGCGUUCAAGAAAAUGCCACCUAGCAUAAGGAAGAUUAUCGUCGCGACAAACAUCGCCGAGAGCUCGAUCACAGUGCCCGACAUAAGAUACGUCAUCGACUUCUGCUUGACCAAGAACCAAGUGGUGGAAAAGAACACGAACUUCGCCUCCUACCAAAUAGAGUUCUGCUCUCGAGCCAAUUGCGACCAGAGAGCCGGUCGCGCCGGCAGAGUUCAGGACGGUGUCGUUUACCGUCUGGUUAGCCGUAGAGAGUACCAGGCUUUCAAGGAAUUCCCCAUUCCGGAGAUGCUGCGCUGUCCGGUCGAUAUCAGCGUUUUAAAAAUCAAAAAGUUCGGUUUCGAUGAAAAGCCAGCUGACGUCCUGAAAGGCUUCAUCGAUCCGCCGGCGCCGGCGGACGUGGCUCGAGCGAUAAUCACCCUCAAAGAAGUGCAAGCCAUGCAGCUGGAACACAAGGGCAAGGUCGAUCUCGAGGAUGGCGACUUGACGAUCUUGGGCCGAGUGAUGGCGAGUCUGCCGCUGGACACCCGUCUAUCGAAAUUGAUUCUGAUGGGCUUCGCAUUCGGCUGUUUCGAGGAGUGCGUGAAGAUCGCCGCUUGCCUGGACGCGGAGGAAAUCCUCUUGGACGACUACAACCCCUUGAACAAUUACAAGAAUAAACUGUACUGGGCUAGAGGCAGUUUCUCCGAUCCACUGAUGCUCAUGCACGCUUUCGACGAAUAUCUGACGGAAAAAGAGUCCGACAGAGGCGAUGACUUCCGUGCUAUGUCUCGUUGGGCCACAGAUAACGGCCUACAAUUCCGCCGAUUGGUCGAAGCCUACCACAAAUACGAGGACCUCAAGCAACGUCUCUCGAUGAUGGGAUUCACCAAGCCCCAGACGCCAAAUUUGAAGAAAAGAGACGAGAGUUUACAGAAUUUCUUUGUCAUGAUGGCCCUCUGCGGCGCCUUCUAUCCGUUCUACUACGCUCUUGAACCAAUCGAUUCCGAAGGGGUCAAAAAAGCGAUGGGUGACCACAACCCGACGAAUACCAUGAUCAUCAGCGGAUUCUCCGAAAAUCAAGGACCUUUGUACGCUCAAGCUAUCCGAGCCGCGCUCAAAGACUGCCUAUGCGACCAUGAGGUUCAGCUGUCGUUCCAUUCUAUUGACGCGUACUUGACGUUUGAGAACGACUCAAACGACGGCACUCCCAUCGGCGCAUAUCUCUGCGAGCUGUACAGACGGAGGGGCGAAGGUUUGGUCGUUCCCAAAAUUCCCGAGGACGUCGCCCCACGACUCCUCCACGCGAUUGGGAUCCAUCCCGACGAAAACGAUCCUUUCGGACCCGAAAUCGCGGUGUUGCCCAUGCCUCAGAAGAUGGUGCGAAGCUUCAAGAAGCCGCCCUUGCCGACGGAGAAAUCAUUCAAGGGGAAACUCACUUGGUUCGAAGAUAUAUUGACGUUCUACAUGGUUCCGGAGGAACGGAGUGCCAGACUGUCGGACGUACUCAAUGAGAUUUCAGAUGAAAAAUCGAGAAGAGGCGGGAAGCUCGUCCCUCUCGAGCGACCCGAGGCUGGAGCUCUGGUGAUAGCGGAGUAUGAGGGAGGAUUCUACCGAGCUCGUGUCGUCAAAGACGUUCCCAAGGGCCCUCAACGAUUCCGAAGGCACGGAGCGGACAUCGCUGUGUUCUUCAUCGACUACGGCAACACCGAGUUCGUGCCCGUCGUAUAUGAAAUGCCCGAGACUAUGCUGCUUUGCAAUUCUGAGGCUCCUUUCGCCUACAAAGCGCAGCUAGCCCACGUCAAAGUUCCUGAUGGCUGCAUCAGAGAAGCGGUCGAAUAUCAACUGCUCAGCAAAAAUAAGCAGUGUCGGGCGGAGAUUUUCUCGAUUGUGAACGACACGCUGCGAGUCACGCUAUUCGUUGAGCUGGACGACCAGGAAGUCAGUAUUAACGACAAGCUUGUCUAUGACAAACACCUGAUUCAGGAUCGAGAGCCGGAGUUUUCUCGGGACAAGUCUAGGCUGGACUCGGUUCAGAAUUUGAUUCUGAGAGGCGAGGAGUUCGUCAACCUGAACUCGUAUGGCCUCGGCACAAUAUCACUGAGGGGUCCCUCUUCGCCGUUGACGAACACGAGAGAUUUCUUGCCCCUGAGCAGAGGUUCCGCCAGCAAGAUCGUAGAGAUCACGUCGGCUAGCAUUAAUAACGUGCUGUUUGGGUCGACGGACACGUACCAGCAAUUCGUGGUGGGACACAAGACUAAAUUGUCGGGGGACCUGAAGAAAGUUCAGCUGUUGCAGUCUACGCUGAUGACAAAGUUGCCGAUGAUGCUUCCUUUCAUGGCACUUGUGUUCACUCCCCGUGCCGAGUACCGUUGCAAUGAGAAUCAGUCCAAGUUCGUCGGUGCGAUCUGCGGGAUGGGCGGCCUCAAAAAAGAAGACGGGACCUACGUGUCCGUCAGUGAAUUCACCGAUUUGGAGGUGCCCUUCAGUCAAGAACUCAACCGAACGGACGUGAAAAUCAUCAACGAAAUCCGUCGCUUGCUCAAUGAAGCCUUCUGUGGCAAUAAUGAGGUCUUCGAGUGGACAUCGGUUCCGAUUCUGAAAAUUCAGAAGAAAAUCGAGGAUUAC